AUGACGCCGUCCGCCGACGAGGUGUCCGUGGUGAGCGAGCGAUCUCGCGAGCAGAAGGACGCCGAGGGCCGCAAGAGCGCCAUCGACCUCGAGGUGGGAGCUGUGGAGACGCCGCGCAAGCGGAGCCGGGCCGACGUUGAGACGAGGGUUGCCAAGGCCCGCUCGCUGUGCUCGACGGAGGUGGACGCGCGAGCGCGUGAGCUGAUGGAGGAGCACUACAAAGAGUUUAUUGCCGAGAGGAUCGACGGCGCAGAGCUGCAGCGCCGGCGUGCGGCCGCGCGCGAUCAAGCGGCGAAGGAGCACCCGCCGCUCAGCGCCCUCGAAACGGCCUUCGCCGCGGAGGGCGACAAGGCUGCGCGGAUUGCAGUGUACCCGCAAGAAGCUGCCAACGACAGGAUCGUGCUGACGGAGGACGAGCUGGCGCGGCUCGAGGAGGGCGAGUUCCUCAACGGCUCACUGGAGGAGCUCAAGAGCCUCGACCCGGAGACGUUCAAACGGUGCCACUUCUUCAACUCCUCCUUCUACACGCGGCUGCUGCAGACCAUGCAGGGCGGAUCGUCGGCAAAGGAGCGCGAGGCCGCCUACCAGCAUGACUACAUCUUCGUGCCGAUCAACGAGGGCCUGCACUGGUCCCUCGCCGUCGCCAGGGAGGGGCGCGAGCCGGGCGAGGAGGGCGAGGCUGGCGAGGCUGGCGAGUGGCCCCCGCACAAGGAGGAGUGGUUGGAGAGCUCAGCGGAGAAGCCGGGGAGCAUCCGCGAGGAGCGGCGCAAGAAGCGCGCCCGCGAGGAGGAGAAGGCGCUGGCGGGCGCGGAGGAGGGCGAGCAGACGUGGUACCUCGAGGAGGAGUACAAGAACAAGAUGGCGCGCCGCGCCGGCGCCUCCUCCUCCGAGGCGCCGCCGGUCGACGACCCGAAGUUCCGCUUGAUGGAGACCAAGGAGGUCAAGGCGCCGCGGCAGCACAACCGCUCCGACGGCGCGCUGUACAUGCUCCAGUUCAUCGAGAAGCUCGCGAAGCACGCCUCCGCCCUCAAGCCGCCGCUCGAGAGCACGCCCCACCCGUCGUGGUCCGCCUACGAGGAUCUCCGCUUCGGGAAGGAGGACGUCCGGCAGAUGCGGCGCGACAUGAAGCGCGACAUCCAGCUGCUCCGCGAACAGCAGGCGUGUGAGCGUCCUCCAGCUUGA